AUGGCCGAUUCCGCCGUCACCCGCCAGCAGCAGCCCAGCGCCAUUUCCAGGCCUUGGGACCACUGCCUCUCCAACCUAAUUGUCCGUUCGUCUCUCGGCCUCGGAUUCGGCGUCGUCUUCUCCGUCCUCCUCUUCAAGCGCCGCGCCUGGCCCGUCUUCCUCGGUACCGGCUUCGGUGCCGGUCGCGCCUACGAGGAGUGCAACUCGGACCUGAAGCAGGCUGCCCGCGUCUUCAACAAGGCAUGA